AUGGGUUCUCACCAACUAGAACCAUGGCUAUUGGAGAACGGGAACCCGAAGGUGUUGACAAGGGAGAUGAGGCAUGGCCGCACUGCACACAGCAAAUCCUCCAACUCCCUUCGCAAGAAGUCUGAUCGCACUCUUGUCUCCAAGGUUCCUUGUGCUACUCUCAGAAACGUGCUUCUCAACUUGCAAGAGGUUACUCUUGGCACCAAGCUUUCCAUUCUCAUUCCUGCCAUUCCUGCUGCCAUCAUUGCUGAGUGCUAUGGCCUUGGAAGACCUUGGGUUUUUAUGUUGAGCCUACUUGGACUUAUCCCACUUGCUGAACGUGUGAGCUUCAUCACAGAGUAA